GGCAGAGGGCGGCGAGGGCUCGACGGCGCGGCCAUGGCCGCCCUCAACGGCGCCGUGGAGAACGGGCAGCCUGACAGGAAGGUGCCGCCGCUACCGCGGCCCCUGCGGAGCCUGGAGGUGAAGUUCACCAAGAUAUUUAUUAACAAUGAAUGGCAUGAGUCUACAAGUGGAAAGAAGUUCCCCACCUACAACCCUUCAACGCUGGAGAAAAUUUGUGACAUUGAGGAAGGAGACAAGCCUGAUGUGGAUAAUGCCGUAGAAGCAGCAAAGGCAGCAUUCCAGAGGGGGUCUCCGUGGAGACAGAUGGAUGCCCUAAGCAGAGGACGACUCCUGCACAAACUGGCUGAUCUUCUGGAGCGAGACAGAGUCAUCCUGGCAACUCUAGAAACGAUGGACACAGGAAAGCCUUUUCUGCAGGCUUAUUUCAUUGACCUGGAAGGUUGUAUUAAAACACUCCGAUACUAUGCUGGAUGGGCUGAUAAAAUUCAGGGCAGAACUAUCCCAGUGGAUGAAAAUUUUGUCUGUUUCACCAGGCAUGAACCGAUGGGUGUCUGUGGAGCUAUAACUCCAUGGAACUUCCCAUUGCUAAUGCUGGUUUGGAAGAUGGCACCAGCACUGUGCUGUGGAAACACUUUGGUUAUUAAGCCAGCGGAACAAACUCCUCUCACGUCGCUGUACAUUGGCUCGCUGAUCAAGGAGGUGGGUUUCCCUCCAGGUGUGGUGAACAUUGUGCCAGGCUACGGCCCCACAGCUGGAGCUGCUAUUUCUACCCAUCACAGCAUUGAUAAAAUUGCUUUUACUGGAUCAACAAAGGUUGGAAAACUGAUCAAGGAAGCUGCUUCUAAAAGCAACCUCAAAAGGGUGACAUUAGAGCUUGGAGGGAAAAACCCCUGCAUUGUGUGUGCAGAUGCAGACUUGGACUUGGCAGUGGAAUGUGCCCAUCAAGGCGUGUUCUUCAACCAAGGGCAGUGCUGCACGGCUGCCUCGCGAGUGUUUGUGGAGGAGCAGAUAUAUCCAGAGUUUGUCAAGCGCAGUGUGGAGUAUGCCAAGAAGCGACUCGUUGGAGACCCCUUUGAUGCCAGAACUGAACAAGGGCCCCAGAUUGACCAAAAACAGUUUGAUAAAAUCCUGGAGCUGAUAGAAAGUGGGAAGAAAGAAGGGGCUAAGCUGGAGUGUGGGGGUCUUGCCAUUGAAGACAGAGGCCUGUUUAUAAAACCCACGGUGUUUUCAGAGGUCACUGACAACAUGCGUAUCGCCAAAGAGGAGAUUUUUGGGCCAGUUCAGCCAAUAAUGAAGUUCAAGAGUAUAGAAGAGGUCAUAAGAAGAGCCAACAGUACUGAGUAUGGGCUUACAGCUGCAGUGUUCACGAAGAAUCUGGACAGAGCAUUAACGCUAGCUUCUGCAUUGCAAUCGGGAACUGUCUGGAUCAACUGUUACAAUGCGCUCUAUGCACAGGCUCCUUUUGGUGGCUUUAAAAUGUCAGGCAAUGGCAGAGAACUUGGUGAAUAUGCUUUGGCAGAAUAUACUGAAGUGAAAACAGUCACCAUUAAACUCUCCCAGAAGAGUCCAUGAAAACAGAAGGCCUAAAAUGCUGACACUCUGAAUGUGACACAUGGGGGAUGUGUUCAGAGCAAGGGGGAGGGGAGGGGUAGGAAGGAAAAUGAAAACACCUAACUUUAUUCCUCUAGAAACACUGAAUCUACUGGACUCCAUUUUGUCAAGUGGCUCUUCAAAAACUGAUUUAAGUGGCCCUACUGGCAGCAUAGCACACACUUGUGCUGUACAAGUCCCUGGCUGUACAUCUGUCUGCUACCUGUGACUAAAAUGCUGGCCAGUCACAGUGUUUGCAGGACAUCUGCUUUCAAACUGUACCCAUGAAGGACGUGGACAUCAAUGGCAUGUUAGAGGGACUGCUGGUACCGUAGCAUGGACUGUUAAACACCUUCAGAGGCAUAUGGGUUUCACUUGGCAUAAAUGGACUUGAGUGGUAGGGUUAAUACAACUUGACUGAAGUUGGCGGAGUUUGUGUGAAGAUUGCAGUUGGAGUUUGGAAUGGGAGUGCAAGCUUUCAUGGAAGGCUCUGUAAAGAAAUUCUCUUUGAAAGAGCUAUCUUGGUCUCUCUAAAGAUACAUGCAUUCUCCAUAUUGGUGAUAUUCUAGCCCUGAAUGAGAUCUGUGGGAGUUUCUCAGAGGACUCCUUUGGGGCCAGUAUUUCACCCAACAGAGCUAGAUUUUUAAGUGUCCUUGGAACCUGAUGUUUUGGUGUGCGCACAUUCCACAUGCUGCAAAUGCAAGUUACUGACUUGCUAACCCUUUUGGCUCCAAAUGAGUCACAACUGUAUCUCAAACCUUCACUAUAGCACUUUUUGCAAGAGGAUUUUGCACUGUACUUACCGUGAUGACACCGAGUUGAAUGCUAAGCAUGUAGCAUGGUAGAUAUCCCACAGAAAACAUCCCACGCCAGUCCUUCUGAUCUGGCGGAGGGAGCAGAAGAGCUACAAGAAGCUGUCCUGCUCUCUCCUUCUCUGUAACUUUCAGGCUUUGUGAACAUCUCUUCAUUUUUUGAGCCAGAGCUAUUAUUGUGAGAGUAAAAACUUAUAAGCUCUCACUGCUUCUUUAUCCCAUAUGAAUGUAGCUUAAAAUAAAUUUCUGGAAGUACAGUAUGAAAAGGCAGGUGCUCCCAAGCACACACUGAGUGCUAAAGAUGUGGGUGUACAAACCAGUUACCAUGGAAUAAGCUAUGGCUGGACAUAAAUGUGUCAGCAGCUUUGCAGUAAUUGUCCUCGUGAGUGCUGUCAUCUUGUGGCAAGCACAGAGUAGCUGAUCCUUCACUGAGGAAUAAACUGUCGUGAAUGAUCUCUUGCUUACAGCUAUAUAAGCAUGCACAUACGUGAAUAGGAUCCAUGCAGUGGCUGUCACACCAGGUUCAUGGCUUAGUACCUCCUGCAGUAACUUCUUUGCACGCCCAGACGAUACUAUGAGAUUAACGACAAGCCACAUGCUGUCUUCAGUUCCUGAGUUCACUACUUUCCCUCUGCCUCCUCCUCCUGAUUCUGUACUGGAGAACCACUGGCAAACGUAUGGGAAGUUCCAUGUCCGCAGGAGCUGUAAGUAUGCAGGAGUUAGUGGUGUCAGCUUGUUAGGAAGUUUACCUGAUCUUGCUGGGAUUGUCCUCUGAGAGCAAACUGAUAGAGGUUCCUUGUGGCAUAUCAACAGAUCUCCAUGGAGCACGGGUAGAGAUUGCUGCCUGCAGUUUUCAGGAUGUCAGGGCUUAAAGCAGAAAUUCAGGUCUAACCUCUAUUCUCUGAUACAAGCAAGGAUUUAACCGGUACCUUCCUUUGCUCAGAUACACACCCAGUCUGCAACAAGUUCUGUUGCAUGAGUGGGCUUUUUUUGGAGGAGGAAGGAAGGUGGGUGGCGAUAAGUAAGGAAAAAGUUUGCAUGAGCCUAAACUUCCUUAUUAGUUAGUGAAUGUUGAAAUUGCACUUCAACACUGCUUAACUUCUUAAAUGACAUACCUCCAACAGUUGUGUAUAACUAGGUGCCUGUCCUCCUUGGGUAUGUGAGACAGGUAAAUCUCCCCAUCCAGUGAAGAAAAUGUCCUCCCUUCCCCAUGAAAGGCCAAAUGGGAACAUUGUAAAUAAGUUUCUAUUUUUAUAAAACACGUAGAGUGCAAACAUCUUCUCAGACAAACAUUUUACUUUUGCCUACUUGAUGGUUUUUUAGGGCUGCAGUCAGACAGUUGCGAGGUAAGGCAAACAGUAAAAGGCUGGUUAUCUUGAUGUAUCUCCGUAUUAAUUUUUCAUAAACAGUGGUGAAACUGAAAUAAUCUGAAAUUCUUAAAAUCCUACUAUUCUGGCUUUAUAUGUAUGAUAUAUAUUUCACCUCUUUUUUUUUUUUUUCCCUUAUCAAGUUUUAAAAAAGUCAAUGUAUCUCUUAUUGUAUAAAUCAGGGUUUGACUCUACACACUGAAUUUUCUAAGUUAUAUAACACUAGACACUAACUUUAAAGUAACCCCUUAGAGGGUAUAUAUUCUUUCAUUGCACAGUAAGGCUUUCAUAUGAAAUACUACUUUUUUUUUUUUUAAAAAAAAAAAAGAACUAUAUUUAUAAAUUAGGAUACAGUUAAUCUAAUGUAUUUUUAUAGCUAAGGGUACAUGAAAAUGCUAUGUUUAAACCUCAUGUAUAUAUUUAGACUAUGGGUAUCUUUUUGUAAUAGUUCUUGUUCCUAAUAAAUGUUUAACUUUGUGAAA